AUGGCCACUAAUAACUACUUUGGGUUUCCUCAUGGAGCGACUCAGUACAGCACUACAGCCACAGGAACUGCCUAUCCGACCACACAGACAGGCUACGCAGUAGCUUCCGCACCAGCUCCGGCAGGUGCUUCCUACGGAACGGCCCGUCAGACGGGAUACGACCAAGCAUACCAGGCCGCAGCCACACCGGGAGCAUACGCCACCACGGCAACGGGGGCAACGUACGACUACGGGUACGGGCGCACCACACAGACGUACGAUACGUCGAAAACCUACUACCAGCAGGCGGCGGGGGCAACGGCAGGAUAUUCGGCACCAACCGGAUACGACGCAACCGGUGGAGCACCGAAGGUGAUUGCGGGAUUUCAACCGGCUCAGGCAACUGCCUACGCGCCACAGCCGGCCCGUACCGCCCUACAACCGAACAAAGCGUCCCAGCAAUAUCCAACUGCCCAGCAGACGGUGGCCCAGCAAGUGGCCACACAAGCGCAAGCGUACGUGCCUACGCAAGCGACCGGCUACUCACAAACGGUGACGACCGUGCACUCUACACCGAAACCGGCCACCGUUGCCGGUUCUGUGGUGCAGAAUAAUUCAACCAGCUAUCCGAGCUACGACGCGGCCCUGUACGGUGCGGCCACCAUGUAUGUCGCGCAACAGCAGCACCCCCAGCAUCCGCCCAACGCCAAGGCCCCCGCGAACGUGCCUGGGGGUACGGGAGCUGUGCAGCAAGCGGUAAUGACGGGUGCACCGGGCUCUGUUCCCGGCAAUGCAGUGAUGGCUAGUGGACCCGGACCGGCAGCCGGUACCUGGCAGGGCUACAAAACUCCCAAGGGAAUGCAUGGCGGCCAUGGAGGAAACUAUAAGACACGCAAGCCGGCACCGAAGCCCCUGCUGAUACAUUACUGCGAUGUGUGCAAAAUAAGCUGCGCCGGACCGCAGACCUACCGGGAGCAUUUGGAGGGCCAAAAACACAAGAAGCGCGAGCUAUUGAUGAAGCAGGCGACCGAACCGGGAGGAGCUACACCAGCCCGGCCUGCCAACAGCCUGCACUGUGAGCUGUGCGGUGUCACGUGCACAGGAAACGAUGCGUACGCGGCGCACGUCCGUGGGGCCAAACACCAGAAGGUUGUGAAGCUGCACACGAAGCUUGGCAAACCGAUACCCGCCUGCGAACCAACGCCUAGCGCGGAUGAAAAGAAAGACGGAGGCACCGGCGGUGAAGCAUCGGAGGGGGGUGGUGCGGGUGGCGGAGGUGGGACCGAAUCGUCGGAAGAAUCCGUCCGCCCGGUGGGUAGCGAGUUCAUCGAGGAAAUAAAGGACGACGAGGGUAAGCUAGUCAGCUUCAGCUGUAAGCUGUGCGAGUGCAAGUUCAACGACCCGAACGCGAAGGAAAUGCACAUGAAGGGACGACGGCACAGACUGCAAUACAAAAAGAAAGUGCAACCGGAUCUGGUGGUGGACAUUAAGCCGACGGUAAAGCAGAAGAAGAUAGCGGAAGCGCGUGCACACCGCCAGGCCAUGCAGGAGGAGUUUUGGAACCGUCGGCGCAUAGCCGACGCCGAGAUGGAGGAAGACCAUGGCAUGCGUACCUUUGGACGGCAUCCGUUCUUCGGUAUGUUGCCUGGGCGACGUCCGGAAUCCUCGGACGAUCGCCACGUGGUAGCGCGGCAUGCCGAAAUUUACCCCAAGGAGGAGGAACUGCAAACGAUUCAGCGCAUUGUGUCGCACACGGAACGUGCCCUGAAGCUUGUGUCGGACGUGAUGACGAGCGGUGGCGGUGCCGCUGCCAAUGCUCAACCCGUGGCAUCACCCUCGGCGACAUCCACCACCACCACCACCACCGAGGUGGUGAAGAAGGAACAAACCAAUGAUCCGGCGAAAGAUCAAGAGGUUCAGCCACAACAGCCUUCGACGGCUGCUACGGCCACCGGUUCCUCCACAGGCGGCAAAUCAGGACAGGCCAAUCAGAUGAUUUCGUUCCACAAAGAGACGGAAGGCACUACGAUUCGUCUGCUUAAGGGUGUCAUGCGCGUGGGCUUGCUUGCCAAAGGGUUGCUGCUGCACGGCGAUAAUUGCGUGCAGUUGGUAGUACUGUGUGCGGAGAAACCGACCACGUCACUGUUGAAACGGGUCGCAACGGAAUUGCCGAUCCAGCUGAAAAAGAUCGCUGAAGACCAUCGGUACACGGUGACAAUGGCUCCUGUCGAAGGGGCUGUUCUCAUCACCGAUAGCAACAUUACGGUAAAGAUAUCGCUCACAUCUCCCCUGCUGCGCGAAGCUAAUGCAUCUUCAGCGGAGCAGACUGCUCAAAAUACCGAAGAUCUCCUGCCACGCGAGCCCUGUCUACAGGCGCUAGCUGCACUGCGUCAUGCAAAAUGGUUCCAGGCUAGAGCCACAGGGCUGCAAUCGUGCGUGAUGAUUAUGCGCAUUAUGCGUGACCUGUGCCAACGCAUACCGAUCUGGAGCCAUAUUAGCCAAUGGGCAAUGGAGCUGUUGAUCGAAAAGAUCAUCUCGUCCGCGGGUGACGCACUAACGCCUGGCGAGUGCUUGCGCCGCGUCAUGGAAGCGAUCUCGUCCGCCAUCCUUAUCAACGGUCCGGGUUUGCUGGAUCCAUGCGAAAAGGAACCGGAAGAUACGCUGGCCGGCCUGAGUAAACAGCAGCGUGAGGACAUUACUGUCUCGGCGCAGAUGUUCCUGCGCUGCAUCGCCUUCAGGCAGAUCUACAAAGUGCUCGGCAUCGAACCGCUACCGCCACCAAAGUUUGCCGGGAACCGCAAUUGGCGCUUCAACCGCAAGCGCCGGCGUUCGGGCGCGGAAGCAAACGAAAGUGAAGUCGAUAACGGGAAGAUGCUAAAGAAGGAAGACUCGACGGCUUCCUCCACGGUAGCUGCGAACUCCUCGACAAGCGGUUCCACUAACGUAACUGCGAUGGAAGUGGACUCUUGCAAAAGCGAAAAGUAAAGGAUACCUCUGGUAGAAUAUUUCCGCUAGAUUAGUGUAGACAUUUUAAAAUGUAGCAACCCUACGUAACAACAAAUCUUGAGUAGAUCGUUCCGCAACGGAUCGUUCCAUCGCCCUCGAUGGGCUGCUAGACGAUGCUGCGUUAGUUGCGUAGACUUUAUCUACCCCAUAUACUAUGUACCGGCAAACACGGUCUCCAUCAAAUUACUACUUUACAUUUGACACCCUUAUCUAUCGACAACUCAGUCUAUCUUUUAACAUUUAGCGCUAGGCCAAUAAAGGUGACCGGAGCAGGAUAGCUGGCCACUAUAAUUAAACGCCUUUUUACGUGACUAGAAUGGUUGAUGUUCUCCUUCGCCUAAAGAUGAGUGUAUCUCGCACCUAAACUAGCAACCAGGAAAGUAUUCGAUAACAAAAUCAAUUGAAAUUCUUGUUAACUAUUAAACCAAGCGGCGCAAGCGUGGAAAACACAAUUACUGAAGCUCAGGAAGAGGCAAUGUGGCGCACGGACAGAAGAGGAGGAGGUGCAUGUGAGAUAAAAUAUUAUUAGACUUAUUCGUAAAUUAUCCAAAAUUUGACGUGUUGUUAGUCAGUAGAUGAAACUUGUUCUUGAACCCGACACUGAUCUGGCUAAUGGGCGAAACUAAAUUAAGAAUUGUGUGCGUGUGUGUGGGCGGUACAAGCGUGGCAGGAUGUUGUGUUGAGCAAGGCUUACCCACCCUUAUCUCAUGAACCUUAAGUUAAGUUCCUUUCAUCGUUAGGCUGCAUAGGGAAUGCAUAGUUCGAUAUUAUCAUCCGAUUGUGUGCUAUCCUCUACGAUUAUUUGCUACGUAUUGUCUUGAUGCGUUUGUGCAGUGCACGUGAAAUGGAUAGAGGCAUGUUUAUUCUGAAGCGCAGCGAUUGCAAAUCUACAUGAAAUCGUAUUUAUUUCAUAUUUUUAUCAAUUGUUUCACCACAUCCGUAUCGUUAUCAUCUUGAGGAAGGAUAAGUAGUUGCAUGUAUUAAUUUUGUUCCUCAACCAAUAGCAACGAAAGUUUAGAGAGAGAAGAGAGAAAGUUCAGAAACGAAUUGAAGCAUAAUGUUUCUAGUGAAGUGUUUUUUUUUUUCAUCGGCUAGAUUGGAAGGUUUGGUUGGCGGCUGGCUGGCUCCUUGUCUGACUGGUAGUAGGAUAGAAAAGAUAAAGAAAAAUGUUGUGAAAUAGCUAAAGUAACGAAGUAUUUCACUGCAGCUGGAUGUGCCGCAACCCGCGGGAACCAUUUCCCGCAGAUACUGUACUGCGCGAGGAUUUCCAGCAUUAAUAAAUCCUUGAAGAGAAAGCUAGAGCGUUCGUGUGCUGGCAUUUCACGCCCUAUUAGAUAGGAUGAGACUUUAUACAGUGUUGUAGCAUUAGCUGCGUAAGCGGCAGGUAUAAGAAGGUAUAGGGUAUGGUUUAUACUACCAACAAGCAAAUAUAAUUAUGCGCCCUCCACGUCUGCAUAUGGGAUAUCUCUGAACAGAAUGUAGGAUGUAUCCGUGACAGCAGGAAACGAUUUUAACGUUUAACAUAAUGUAAUAGACACACACCAACCAUUUAAAUGAACAAAGCAAGUCAUCUUGGAAUUUAUUGCAUCUUUAUAACAAUGAAAAUAUCUAGUAGGCAUCAAAUCGAAUAUUUGAUCUUUGAAAUAAAGUAAUGCAUCCAUGAAUUUAC